UGCUAAUUUUGAUAUUACAAAGUAAAAAACAACCGUUUUUCUUUAAAAAAAGUGAUAAUUUUUUAAUUGUGGGAGCAAUUAUUUCUUUAAUGCAAAUUGUAGGAAUAUUUCAUUAAUUUCUUUAGAGCAAAAAAUGAGAAAUUUGAAGCAAAGGUUCGGAACCGGCACCAUGGAAGACGGAGCACUGUUUUUAUUUUUUGCGGUAAAUUCUGAUAAUUUCUGUGGGAAAAAAACAUUUUUACUGGGACAUCAUCAUCCCAUUUAGCAUUCCAGUUUAGGCCGCUGAGGGAGAUCAAGAAGCGAGAAGACGAGGGUUAGAGACGACACGGAUGCAGAAGGAUUGCUUCAGAACUAGAACUAGGGUUACGCCCCCGCCCAAUGGACUCUCCUGAGCCUUCGAAAACAGCCGCCGCCGCCGCCGCAACCGCCACCUCAACCGCCGCUUCAUUUUCAUUGGCGGAAUCGGCUGCAGUCCAAGAAUCACCCGUCUUUAACUACAUCAACAAUCUUUCUCCGAUAGGACCUGUGAAGACAUCAUUAGCUGUGCAAGGUUUCCCGGGGAUCAAUUCACCUCCUCUUGUGUUUACAUCACCUCGAAUCAAUCCACGCAUACGGUCAAGCUUUCUGGAAAGGACUCGGUUCCCUCAACUGUCCAACGAAGAGUUUUCCUUAAAGGAUGGCAAUCAGAACGAUAUUUCUGCAUUGACUGAUGAAGCCGGAUCAUCAAAUUCUCGGUUACUCGGUGGAUUGGUACCUUGCACUGAUAAAGCGUUUGAUAUCAACACCUAUGUGCAGGAACAGCCCGAAAGUCAGCCUAUAUGUGUUGAUGAUUUCUUGGUUGAUGCUGCUAAAAUGGGGUCUGCUGAUUCAAGAACUAAUAGUCCUCCACAUGCUGAUGAUUAUAUAGGUUCACAUGAAUCUGUUAAUCAUAUUGAUGGUGAAAGUAAAAUAGAAAAUGGGAUUGCAAUGGGUGCAGAGAAAGUUGAAGAGGGUCAUAAAGGAAAGACAUCAAUUGAUAUUAACAAGACUUUUGAAACUGAUGUGAAUACAAGCGAUGACAAUGUUGGAUAUGAUCAAUAUUUAAAGGCGCAACCUGAUUCAUCUGCUGAAAUUGCUCUUGAUAGCCAAUAUGCUCACCGUAUAAUGAUUGAGGCUGGUGAACAUCAACGUGGCAUUUUCAGGCGUUGUCUACAAUUUGACAAUUUACCACAGAAAACAGUAAAAAAUUCAGAUCCGUGUAGUUUUCCUGAGAGUGUUGACUGCUUAAACUCUGCUGCUAGUCCUAUUGCUUCGGAAGCUCUAGAGCCAAUUUCAUUAAAUACACAAACCCAAGGCUGCAGUCAGUUGCAUGACUCUCAAAAUACUGAAAAUUCUACCUUGAAACCCCCCAAGCCUUUGGGUAUAGGAUUACACUUAAAUAGCAUUGUGAAUACUGUGCAAGGGGGUUGCGGUGCCAGAGGUUCCAAAAUAAGCAUGAAGUCUGCAGAGAUUAGAAACUGCAGUGGUGAAGGGAGUAAAACAAUGGGUAGGAUAAAGUAUCGUGUUUUUGACAAUUUUAUGAAAGGGUCGAUUUCAUCAAAUGUUGGGGAAGACAUACUGGAAAGCAUUGAAGAGAGCACCUUGCAGGGAGAAAGUUCUGCACACUUAGCCCUGCAUAAUGUGAAACCUAUGGAUAAUGUUGUGCCAUUGAAGCUAUUGGAAUCUCAGUCAACUCCUGAUCAUAAAAGGACAUCUAGUUCUGAAAAUGUUGAUGGAACUUCGACAUCUAAUCAAUCAAGUCUCAAAAAGAAAAGGAAAAAAACAUCAGAUGCCAGUGACGAUGAUGGCUGCAAACGAUGCAAUUGUAAAAAGAGUAAAUGCUUGAAACUUUACUGCGAUUGCUUUGCUGCUGGAAUCUAUUGUGCUGAUCUUUGCGCUUGCCAAGGGUGCUUCAAUAAACCUGAAUAUGAAGAUACAGUCAUGGAUACUCGGCAACAAAUCGAAGCAAAAAAUCCACUUGCCUUUGCCCCAAAAGUCGUACAGAACACAGCAGAUUCUCAUUCUAACGUCCUUCAAGAUAAUGGCGUCAGUGUCACUCCAGCAUCUGCAAGGCACAAAAAGGGUUGCAAUUGCAAGAGAUCAAUGUGCAUGAAAAAGUAUUGUGACUGCUACCAGGCCAAUGUUGGAUGCUCUAGUGCAUGUCGUUGUGAAGGAUGUAUGAACACAUAUGGACAGAAGGAAGAUUAUGAUAGUUUUAAGGGCCUGGUGAAGACGCUUGUAAUAAGUGGCAGAGUUCAUGGCUCAUCUAAUGAAAAGUUAGAACUAGUAUCAUGUAGGGGCACACAUGAACACACUGAACUUAGCCAUCCACACAAUAUGACUCCGAUGACACCAUCACUUCAGUGCUCAGAGAAAAAAGGACUUGUUGACUCAGUCAACUCAGACGACACACCGGACAUACUUAAGGAUUCUUCUACUCCAUCCAAUAGGGUGAAAGUAAGCUCCCCAAACAAGAAGCGGGUUUCUCCCCCUCAUGGUAACCAGAAGGAUUCUGAUUGUAGUUCAUCAGCCCGACGCUUGAAAGCUGGCCGGAAAUAUAAGUUAGGAUCUGUCCCAUCAUUCCCACCUCUCACUCCAUGCUUUAAUUCCAAAGGGAGCAGUUUCACUCAGAAUCCAAAUGAUCAUCAGAAACUUAGCAACAUCAAAUGAUAAAAGCUGAAAAAAGUUUGUACUAGAAGCCAAGGCGCAGUUUGUAAGCCGGCAUGUGUUCGAUA